UCCAACCAAACCCGGGCUUCGUGUAAAUCUCGCCGCGUCUCGUAAUCAUCCACGUGGAUGAAAAAAGUGGUAAAAUGAAUGAUUGAUUCCACAAAAUCAUCGUUACUAGUGUUAAAUUGUCACCGGAUCGACUCACCACCCCUCUCCCGACAACCACCCGCACGAAAAUGGCACCACCGACAAAAAGCACAAAAGUGGCGACGAGAGGAGCUAAACAAAUUGUCGAAGAGAAUGUUUCGACGUUGAAUUUUUACAGGAACAUGGUCUUCAUUGCUUCCGGAGUUUAUCUCGUUACUAUGCUCGUUUUUUUUUCCUUCACAACGUUGACGAUAUCAUUAACUGUCCUCACCGCCGUAACGUACGUAGCUAGUUAUCAAUUUAUGGCGUACAUGGCGCGGCCGAACUUCGGUGAAUCCGGACAAAUACUGGAUUCCGGAAUUGAUCUCAACAUGGAGGGCGGAAUUGCCGAGCAUGUUAAGGACCUUAUAAUUCUCACAGCUGGAUGCCAAGUAUUGUCUCUCACGACAAAUUACUUCUGGUGGUUGUGGAUAUUGGCACCACUUCGCGGUUUCUACAUGCUCUGGACUAAACUCCUCGCCCCCUGGUUCUUCUCCUCCCCCGCGCCCCAACCCGAGAUGGACGAGAAGAAGCAACGGAAAUUGGAACGGAAGAUGGCAAGACGUCAAUGAUAAAUAUCCGCAGAAUUUUUUCUUCAAUUUUUAAUAAAUAAAGCAUCAAUACAAAAUAAUGUCUCAUCUCCACAGUAUGUACAGCAAGAUCAUAAAAAAAUUAUUCAUCAGAAAAUGACCACUAAUUUGUCUCCGACCCUAACAAUAGAUCCAACAGAGCAUAAAAAAAACAAGACGAAUAAAAAAAUCAAUUUACAACAGUCGUCAAA